ACUUCUCAUUAUCUUGUUGUACACCAGCUGGUGACAGUUGUAAACUAAGGAAGAACUCAACACACAAGUACAGCUUCAUUUAUAGAUAGAAUAAUAUUGUAUUAAUAUUAUCGAAUAGUAUUCUAAAGCUUGACGCUCUAAGUUAUUGUUCCAACCGUCAACCGAACAGUGCGUAAUUGACGGUUAUCUACCAAGAAGAGGAACUAUGGACGUGAGCGCUGAAGCCAAACGGAUCAUGGCAGUGUCCAUUAGUAAACUGUACGCCUCCCGAGCACAGCGAGGAGGUAUGAGGCUACACCGGAGCCUGCUGCUCUCCGUGGUCAUGCGUUCCGCCCGGGACCUGUACCACUCCGCCUGCCUGGCCAAGGAGAGAGAGGAGCUGGGAACCGCACACUUGGUCCCGGUCACACCAGAGGAGGAUGCGAUGGAUACUACUGCCAGUGGGGAACAAGUCGAGGUGGAGGUGUCACAGGUCAAGCCAGAGCCUGAGUCGCCGCUGACCCCAACUAUCCAUGAGCCCAUGUCUAGUGACUCUGAGGCCACUCAGGGCGCAUGCAAGACCAGGACAUUUAUUGGGAAGGAGACGGUAGAGGACAAAGAGAACCGGAGCCCUGUGAGCCCAGACAGGCAUUCCAGGAAACGCCGGGGGAAGGCGUCCGUUGCGCCCGAUUUCCUCCCCAGCAAGAGAGCGAGACUUUCACUGGAGCUGGGGGAGGAGAGGGUGCUUAGAACCGGCGGAAGGACCUGCUGCCGCGCCGGGGACGUUUUCACCACCCUGUCCCUAAACUCAAACCGGGCCAUUGCGGCAUUCUGAACUGUGAAAACGGCUCUGAAUUGAGCUUUGUUGUUGGUAGGCUAUGAUCGAACUGAUCUUAACCUCCGGUAACCGGUGGAGAGGCCGGUUUAAAUCCAGGUUUAAAGGACGGGUCAGUAGGAAGUUGACCUACAUUGGCGAGCCCGCGGGACAAUGGGAUUAUUCGGGCCAGGGUGCGAUAUCUCCGCCCUCACGGGGACCAGGUUAGGCUACACCCUAGAACUGGGUCUCAGCCGUGUCUCGACGAGAACAAGAGAAAGAAGAAACAGAGAGAGAACAAGAGCAACUCACAAACUAGAACGAGACCAGACUCGAACAGACCUCAGUGACUGUGUUUGGAAAGUUUGAGGAAGUGGUGGAUAGCUCGUGGAGGGAUGACUCAUUGAGAGGGAUGACUCAUAAAACACCAAACGGAUAACAGAUGAUUAAAGUUGACGUGUCAACGGUCAACACACAGAGACACACCAGGAAAUAACCCACUCUGCUGGGUAAAACUAUAAAAACAACAGGGGAGGGCACACAGUCACCCACUGGACUUUGAUCAAUGACUAUGAAUGGGACUGUGCUAGAGACUGUACUGAAAUGGUGCUCAACAAACAGUGUCAAAUGAUAUACAUAACAUAUAAACAAUGUUCAGUAGUAACACCAGUCUCACCUGUUCAAUAUGCUGCACUGACAAUGCAAAUGUGAUAAUAACUACAGAGAAGUAGCCUACGUGAAAUGUUGUAUGAACUGUGAAAUAAGCUGUUUUAUAUAUAGAUUGUUAUUUUAUUUUUACUAUGACCUCAAAUUUAUAUCAGAGUUGUAAUAAACUUUUUAAAACUGUA